ACACACGUUUGCUCACGGGCUCGGAGCGAAGCGGACAUCACUGCGCUGCGCUGUGCUGUGCGCAACACACUUCUUUGUCCUCGCAAGCCGCUCCGCGAACUCGACCAUCCCACAUUCCCACCCGUGCGCGUCGGCGGCGGGCGGCAGCAGAAGCAGCAGCGCGAGAACCCUAGCUUGUGCUCAGCCUCACCACACCAGAGGUAGGCCGCAAUGGCUGCGGGCGGCGAUGCGUGAGGGCGUGCGGGCGCGGCAUGGGGAAGGAGGAGCGCGAGGGGCAGCAGCAGCGGGAGCAGCCGACGCCGGCGGAGGGAGGCGCAGGGGGAAGCGGCGGAGGAGGAAGAGGAGGGCGGUGUAGCCGUGGGUGCUGCGGGGCCGUGCGGCCGCAAUGCGCGGCCGCGCUGCUGCUCGGCGCCGCCGUGGCUCUCUCCGCGCUCUUCCUGCUGCCGCCCUUCGUGGGGCGCGGCGACGGCCGCGCGGCGGCGCGGGAUCCGAGCGCAGCGUUCGCAGCUGAUAUUGUGGCAAGCUUUAUGCUACAAAAGACAGUUUCUGAGUUGAGUGAAAGUACAUCUAAGCUUGAAUUUGACAUCUAUGAGGAAGUUGGCGUUCCUAAUUCAACUGUGACCAUAAAUUUUCUACAACCAUUAGGCGCAUCCAACUGGACAAAUGUGAUCUUCACCAUUGUACCUUAUCCAGUACACUCAACUAUAUCACCAACUUGGUUGAGCAUUCUUAGGUCUUCUUUUAUGUCCUUGGUUGUGGAGCAGUCGACACUCCACCUGACAGAGUCUCUAUUUGGGGCCUCUUCAAAUUUUGAGGUGUUUAAGUUCCCUGGAGGAAUUACCAUUAUCCCUCCACAGGCUGCAUUUCUUCUUCAGAAACCCUAUGCAUCUUUCAACUUCACUCUGAAUUUCCCAAUCUACAAAGUACAGGAGGAAACAAAUGAGUUGAAAGACCAAAUGAAGUCUGGACUACGUCUCAAUCCCUAUGAGAACCUCUACAUCAAAUUGACGAAUUCAAAAGGUUCAACGGUUGCUCCUCCAACAAUUGUUCAGGCCUCGAUUGUUCUUGAAGUUGGGAAUCACCAGCCAUCCCUUCCAAGGAUGAAGCAGUUGGCCCAAACAAUUGCUAAUUCAUCGUCAGGAAACUUGGGACUGAAUCACACUGUGUUUGGCAGAGUAAAGCAGAUAAGCCUUUCGUCUUAUCUUACACAUUCUUUGCACAGUGGAGGUGGUACUGACACACCUAGUCCAGCACCUAUACCUUAUCAAGAUCAUCCUCAGCACCACCACCACCACCACCACCACCACCAUGAACACCACCACCAUAACAAGAGUCAAGAGGAAAAGAAGCAUUUUGCUCCAUCUCCUGCUCCUGUACAUUCUCCUGUCCAACAGCCCAAAUAUAUAUCUCCAUCCCCAUCCUGUCCAUAUGGAUAUACCACCAAGCCAAAGAAUAAAGCUCCUGUAGCCCCAGCUGCUGAGCCAGUAGCUAGUAACCAUCAUUAUGCUUCCCCUGCAACCAUACCCCAUGCAGUGCCUCCACCAUCCAUUAGCCCAACCCCCUCUUUUAAUCACUCUUCUCCUAAUAAUCCUAGGAGAGACAACAGCUCUCCUGCUCCUUCCCCUGCACUUGCGAAGCCCCAUUUGCGUGGAGUACCUCUCGUUCAUGGACAUCAUCAUGCUCAAAUGCCAGCAGCGGCUCCUGGUCCUCACUCAUCAUAUGCCACCCGUAGGCACUCGUGCCAUUGGACCCUGGCACUCCUGAUGUAUAUGCUGAUGGGUCUGCCAUGACGUGGCUGAGCCACCAUCUUCUAAAUUCUAGUCCAGAGAAGGCAGAAUAAUUGCCCGUUUGGAGGCGGUCGUAGGCGCAGAAUAAUACACCCUAGCUGCAGGUGCUGCUGUAUAACAUACAUAUGGUGAGCGUGUGAAUAUGGGUCGGGGAUAAAAAGCAGCAGAUGGGCAUGCAUCUGUGUGUAUAGUGGUCAAAGCCAGGUGCGGCAGGCCCUUGUGUGUUGCACAUGUGUGUUGCCCGGUGUUUGCUUAUACUCAAAACACAGAUGGUGGGAUCCAGUAUAGGGGCUUAUACUGUUUUUACGCAAGGGCGUGCAGAAUUGGGAACAUAAACGCUAAACAGCAA